UCAAAGAUGGCGGCCUCGCUGAUUUGCAGCGACACCGUGAGCAGAGUCAGUUCUGUUCUGAACCGAGAUGCGAAGCAGUUUGGCAAGAAGUACAUGUUCGAUUGCAACGAGGAGACGUGCUGGAACUCGGACCAGGGGCUGAGCCAGUGGGUGCUGCUGCAGUUCCCUCGGGCCUCCAGGGUCUCCGCGGUGAUCCUCCAGUUCCAGGGCGGAUUUUCGGCGAAAACGUGUCGACUGGAAGGGUGUCUACGAGAGGGAACAUUUGUGAAGAUCACAGACUUUUACCCAGAAGACAACAACUCCUCGCAGAGCUUUCCCAUUGAGGAGAGCCCCUUGGUGGACAAGUUAAAAAUAGCGUUUGAGAACAGUACGGACUUCUUUGGAAGAAUCGUUGUUUACUCCUUGGAUGUCCUGGGAGAAAGGGCUUCGUGAUUGUUCGGACACAACCGGGAUAA